AUGGGAUGGCGGAGGCGCGCGGGCGGCGGCCCCGUCGCCGGCGCGGCCUCGAGGCUCCGCUUCGCGCCGUCCUCCAACAACCUGAUCGUCUCCUCGUGGGAUUCGGGGCUGCGGCUGUACGACGCAGACGCGUGCGAGCUCCGGUUGGAGGCGAAGUCGGAGGCGGCGCUUCUGGACUGCUGCUUCCAGGAUGAGGCCGUGGCGCUCACCGGAGGUUCUGAUGGAUCCGUAACAAGGUAUGACUUGCAUUCAGGGGCUCAGGAUGUAGUUGGAAUGCACGACAAAGUUGUUUCCUGCAUUGAGUUCUCACACAUGGCUGGUCAAGUUGUAACUGCUACCCUUGACAAUAAAUUAAUUUGCUGGGACACACAAACAAGAAAUAUGAGCCCUAGCAGCUCCAUAAUCUUGGAUUCUGAUGUUGCGUCACUUUCAGUCUGUGGCAUGUAUAUAUUAGCGGCAGUUGGGAGAGAAGUUUACAUUUAUGACAUGAGGAACUUGACUGGACCAGUUAAGUCAAAAAAUUCCCCUUUGGAGUAUCAUAUAAGAAGUCUUCAUUCUUCUCAGGAGUGGAAGGGAUAUGCAGCUGGAUCUGUGGAUGGAACUGUUGCAUUGAAGUAUUUUGAUCAUGGAGCCGAUGGUGAUAUGGGAUAUGUUUUCCGGUGUCAUCCAAAAUCUAGAGAUGGAAGAUCCUGUCUGGUUCCCAUAAAUAACAUUGCAAUUCAUCCAUUUGACAAAACUUUUGUUACUGGAGAUAAUGAAGGAUAUGCCAUUGCUUGGGAUGCUCAAUCACGAAAGAAGCUGCAUGAGUUCCCUAUCUACUCAGGCAGUGUGGCAUCAAUAGCGUACAAUCAUAAUGGUCAAGUUUUUGCAGUUGUUUCAAACUGCACUUAUCAAGAAGCAGAUAAAAUGGUAGAGGAACACCAGAUAUUUUUCGAAAUGGUGCAGAACUUCUAAGGUGUCUCUUUUUACAAGGAGCUGCCUACCUUCAUGUUGUACAACUAAUUGAGCUAAACUUAUUCCUUGGUGUUCUUUUAAUUUUGUUAGUUGUGCUAGGUGUAGUUCAGUGUUGUGCUGUUGUAUGGUUAAGCCUUAUUUCUGUGUAGAUAAAUCUACAUGUCUCAUCUUGUGUACGCCAGAGAUUGCUUCUGUGUUCAAUCAAUGCCAGGGUAAAUUUCUACCCAUUGUGUGUAACUGUAAACUACCUCACAGACUGUAUGCUUAAACUGCCUUAUAUCGAAUUGUAACACUUGUAAUCGGACAAGGACUUGGAUGUGCAAAAU